AUGGACGGUAUUCAAAUGGAGCCUAUCGGCAAGUACAAAGCCGAUCGUAACGGAUCCGCUAAGGCGGCCGCUUGGCGUAACAUGGUCGACCAGGACUUAGACGACGUUGCAUUCUUGGCAGAUACAGACAAGGCGAGAGAAGCAAGGGAAUUAGGCGAUGCACCUGUUGCAGUAUGUUCUCAACGACGUGCACUAUGUUUAGCAGCGCUGGUCUUCUCGGCUAUGUUUGCGACAGCCCUGCUUGUGGUCUAUGCCACUCCUCAGCCAGAAUGUCCAUGUUUGAGCGAAUCUGACCUCAUACCGGGUCAGCCACCGACGGGUUCAGAAGAAAAUGCGACAUCCGCAAACAAAGAUAGGAUAGCCAGCAACGGGAUGGUGUUUCCGUGGCGCGGAGCAAGACUGCCAACUUUCCAAAUACCGAGACACUACAAUCUGUGGUUGCAUCCGAAUUUGACCACUGGGGAGUUGAGAGGGGAAGUUUCCAUAGACUUCAAAGUGGAUCGAGACACAUUAUUCCUGGUCCUCAACGUUAGAGAUAUGAACGUAACGGAACGAGCAUUGUUCAAGGGUGGCGGCUCUCUGGGACCUAAGGUCGCUAAGGUUUUAGACUACCCACCGGCCGAUCAGACUUACAUCGAGUUUAAGGAAAAGCUACGUCGCAAGUUCAACUAUACACUGAGUUUACGAUUCAUUACAAAAUUGGAUCGAAGCGACAAGCAACGUGGAUUCUAUCUAACAGCGACUCACCGACAUCGUUGCGCGGUUUCUCGUUUCUGGUUGACACACGCCCGCUCAGCCUUCCCAUGCCUUGAUGAACCUCACCUCAGAGCGACGUUUAAACUGACCAUCGUCAGGGACAGAUUCCACGUGUCCCUCACAAAUAUGCCAAUUGUGGCUACUGAAGAAGCUGGCUUCUAUUUAGGGCAUAGAUUGCUGCAAGACGAAUUUGCCGUAUCGCCUCCAAUGUCGACGCACAUGAUGGCUCUCGCUGUGUGUCGCCUCCAGCGCAGGGCUGCGCCCCCUCUCGUCGAACCGACACCGGAAGUGACCGAAGCCCCGCCGGAAGACUUCAUGCCGGCACCGGAAGUCAGUUUAUAUAGCGAUCAGCAAGUUAUACUGGACGAAUCUGAGCCAUUAUUGGAAUGGGUGCAGAAGACAAUUCAACUGUUUGCAUUUGAAUUGAAUACGUCCUAUCCCUUACCAAAGUUUGAUAUUGUAGUGGUCGAAGGAGGCAAUCAGUACUCAGAAGGAUGGGGCCUCAUAACACUCUCGCCAUCGCUACUGACGGACACGAAAGCCAUCGCGAGAUUAUUAGCACAACAGUGGUUCGGCGGGCUGGUGUCCCCGCGCUGGUGGAGCUCGCAGUGGCUGCUGGAGGCGCUGACGUCGGUGCUGGGCGAGCGCGCGCCGGCGCUGGGCGGCAGCGCGGCGCCCGCCCCGCAGCAGGACGCGCUGCUGCUGGACCACGUGCUGCCCGCGCUCAGAUUGGAUUCGAGUUAUUCCGUACGAGCGGUCGCCUCGCCGAGACUAGACAAAGCGGACAUUGAAUCCGCUACCGAUGACCUCUCAUUGCACAAAGGCGCAGCUAUAGUCAGCAUGGCGAUCGAAGCAGCCGGACAGGAAGCCGGUCGCGCUGCGCUCGCGCGACUGUUGCGCGAUCAUCGCUCGGCUAGCGCUGACGCUAGAGAUCUCUGGCGCGCUCUCCAGCACGAAAGCCCAGAGGACGCCCCCGCCCACGCGUGGGAUGGCUGGUGUGAGAGACCCGGAUACCCACUUCUUUGCGCCAAAGUAUCUGGAAACGAUGUUGUUCUGAGACAGGAAAGAUUCGUCAUGUCAGCCGACCCUCCAGACCCCGAGCCCCCGAUGCUGACCAGUCUCCUCACUCUGGAGCUACGAGCUGAACUCGAUGAGCUGUUCUAUGAACCAGAAAACUUCACGGAAACAAUAGAAGAGGAUAUAAAUUCCACAACAACGACAACACCGACUCCGACAACGACAAAACAAACGACAGUCAAAACAACGAAAGCUCCCCCCGCCCCCAAGUGGGUGAUACCGGUCACCUUCUCCGUGGGACCGAUAAACAGCGAUGAAGAAGAAUUGGAGAAUAUUACGAAACAAUGGAAGAACGUUACUGAGAAUAUGCAGAACGGUACUUGGUACGACAUUGUUAAUGACACAAAACACACAUCGAGAUGGCUGGAGAACGUCACGUAUUUAAUUUGGAUUAAUGAUACUGAAAUGGUAAUCCCAGAGCUGGGCAAACAUAAAUGGGUUAGAUACAACGUGGGCGCACGGGGUUUAUACCGCGUUGCGCCUCUCGACCGGAAUGCUGGCGAGGUACCAAGGCGAGCCGCGGAACUAUACGCUAGUGGCGCGCCCGCGGAAAGGGCUCUUCUACUGGACGACGCCUUCGUCCUCAGCAGGGCUGGUCGACUGCCUGCCAGUAGGGCUGUGGCUGCCGCGGCCCACCUAACUACCGAACGUCACUGGGCGGUAUGGAAAGUGGUGGUCGGUCACUUAUCCUGGUGGAGGGAACUGCUCCAAGUCGCAGCAUCAGGACCUCACCUCCAGAACCUCCUCAGCACCCUUCCUCCAAGAUUACCAUUGUAUACCCAUCAGGAUUUACAGGAUCCUGGGCUUGAUGAAGACCAGCUGUGGUUAAGUGGAGCGCUACUAACAGCGGGCGUGGAGUGGGGGAACGAGAACGUGACAGAACAGGCCUUGGAGCUGUUCGACGGCUGGCUGAACGAAAACAAAUCUAUACCCGAGAUAUAUCAGGAGGCGGCGCUCACGGCGGGGGUGAGGCGGCGCGGCGCGGGGGCGUGGCGCGCGUGCUGGCGGGCGCUGCUCGCCCCGCCCACCGCGCCCGCCCCGCGCCCCGCCCCCGCGCCCUCCGCGCUGCUCGCCGCGCUCGCCUCGCCCGAGGACGACUGGCUGCUGUACAGGUUCGCAUACACGGUGCUAUCAAGCGAGGCGCAACGAGGCAGAGAGUGGAAGACUUGGGUGACGACACUGUGCCAGAGAGUUUGCAAAUGGCGCGGUGCGGCGGGAGUGUGGCGGAUAUUAAACAUUACGACGCUUCCGCCUUCCGCCCUACAAGCCGCCGCGAGGUGUCUCCACCAACCUAAGGACUAUUAUAGGUUCAAAGAGUUAUUCGGUGAUCAGAAGGGAGCUUCAAUAGCGCUAGAUACAAUCGCGCUAAACACGGCCUGGGUAACUCGAGCUGACGCGGAUCUUUUAUCAUACUUCAAUGCAGUCAACAAAAAACUGAAUUAA